GUUGUCUUAACAAAUACAUAGCCGCAGAGUCUUUAAAUUGAUGCGACAUUAGCUCGCUACCGUCGAAUCGCAGCGGCCAGAAACUGAAGCCUGAAAAGCACAGCCGCACUUAGACAUGUCGACGAGCUUCUCCCACCCAGUAGAUUAACCAACAACAGGGGUCCAAGCGAUCUGCUCGACGUUUCAUCCGGGGCGCUUAGGUACUAUGUAUUGACAUCGAGGGCGACGUCACUGUGUAAGACAGGGGAGGGGAGAGAGGGGACUUGCACAUACAUAUGUACAAAGGGCGGGCGGGAUUCCAGAACAAUUUGGUUAGGUUAUUUAGGUUAUGUUAGUUAAUGGAAACUAUUAUUUGCUCGCUUUCUUGUAGGUUCUUUAUGUUCCUUAUGAAACGUGGUUUAUUGCUCGUGGGUUUGGCGUUGAUAUAUAAUAUAUUUACCGCCACCCGCCAAAUUCGCUGCGUUGUUGCUGCGAGGGAGUGUUGCUACCAUUUUUGAAGUUGUUUAUCUCUCUAUCUCUCUCUUUUUCUCUCUCUUGAGACCUAGUUUAGACGAUUCGAUAAAGAACCUGUAGUACAUCUCGUAACCGUCCGCUUGUUCGCAAUGAACUGCACCGACGCGCCGGCCGCCGUCCCCAGCGAUGCGGGCAUCGCAGGCAUUGGCGUGCUCCUCUCCUUCAUAGUCACGGCCGCGAUAGCCCUCCUCAUCAGCGCCUCGCUGGUCUUCCAAGAAAUGUGCAACGCCCAGAAACCCUCCAUCCUCCGCCGCAAGCUGCUCAACUCGUACUCGGACCAGCAGAUCCUCACCGGCAUCGGCAUCCAAUCCGUCGGCCUGGCCAAACGGUCGAGCCUCGUCCCGUACCACUUCUUCCUCGUGUGGAUGCUUUCCCUCCUGUCCAUGGCCGUGCACAACGCCACCCUGCUCGCUCUCGCGCGCGACUUCCGCCGCGACUGGGUGCUCCGCUGGAUGCGCGAGCUGCUCAUGCUCGUCAACCUGGUGCUGUCGUGCACGUACGGGAUAUACAUCCUGCGCUCGGUGCAGCGCGGCAUCAACGACGCCACGUUCCCCGUCGAAUGCGCGUGGCGUCCGGAGACGCGGGACGGGGCCCCGGCCGGCAACGCGGCCGUCUCGUACGUGGGCACCGGCGCCGUGAUUGUGGGGAACGUGGUGAUUUUCGCGCUGGCGAUAUGGUAUCUGCACGCGCGCACGCGGCGCUUCUAUGCAGCGGUGCAGGCUGUCGGGCUGGUGCUCAUGGCGGCCUUUGCGGUCGGAGCGACUGUCCGCGUGGCGUACCUCGCCGAUGCGUUCGCGCUCUCGACGCCUAUCCGGCUGAGCGAUAGCGGCGAGCGGGAGUGGAGUUUCGGACAGUUGCUCUCGGUGGGCAUGUUGCUCUUGCCGCUGGCGACGGUGGUCGAGAUUCUAAGGGGCGAGAUCAAGUGCGCGCCGCCGCAGAGCGAUGGGGAUUACGAGGGGAAGGGUCGGUUGUUGGGCGAAGAAGAACAAGGGGAGGCGCAGGAGUUAAGGCCGGGUUUGCAGACCCAGGAACACCCGGGGUUCCAGCCCAGUCCACUUUCGAGGUCGGUGUCGAGUCUUUUGCAUAAAAAGUAGGAGGGAUGAGAGGAGAGAAGAAGAGAAGAGAACUGGAAGAAAAAGGAAGAAGAAGAGAGAGUAUGAGAAUGCUGGCAUAUGAUUUUUGACGCUUUAUGAGCGAGAUGAGAGAUACCCACUUACGCAUGCGAAUGAAUCGAUAAUAUCAUUUUUCCCCUUUUAUAUUUCUUUUCUCUUAUGGGCCGUCUUGGAUGAUGAGCCCGCGGCUUAUAUCGCAGCACAUGUUAAUCCGGUUCAGUUAUUAAAUACUGCCGACUUAAAAAUAAUAAAAAAGUAAUGUCAGUGCCUUACAUCAUAUCACUUAGUUGGACUUCAAAGGCAACGUCGGAUCAAGUGGACUUUGAGGGGCGAAUUAGAUUUAUGUGCCUGAAGUUACCUAACCUGUGUAGUGUUAUCGGAGAUGUUAUUGCGGAAUAAUAAUCAACUUCCUAUUUAUAGCCAGAUAUAGAUUAUACGAG